ACAAGAAGAUGCAGAAAAAGAAGGUGAGCGAUUGUGCACCUCGCAACCUGCGAGUUCAAACUGGAGAUUGGCCCUAGGAUGAUUGCUAACAUUUCUGCUUCUAUCAGCCCGAGCAGACAUUUUUGCAGUUCCUGGACGAAUGGGAGUUUAUUAUUGCGCCAGUAAUCUUCACAUUCUUUGCAUUCUUCACUCGAAUGUACAAGAUUGGUCUAUCUCCAAUUGUGACAUGGGACGAAGCACAUUUUGGUAAAUUCGGAUCCCACUACCUGAAACGAGAGUUUUACUUUGAUGUACACCCUCCUCUUGGAAAGAUGCUGGUUGGAUUGUCAGGUUAUAUGGCAGGCUACAACGGUUCCUUUGAAUUCAAAUCUGGAGAGAAAUAUCCCGAUGAGCUCAACUACACCUUCAUGCGUGCCUUCAAUGCCUUCUUUGGAGCUGUCUGCGUACCAUUGGCCUACUACACCGCCCGCGAGAUGAACUUCAAGCGUCCAGCCGUUUGGUUUGUUACCCUGAUGGUUCUCUGCGAGAAUUCGUACACCACCAUUAGCAGGUUCAUCCUUCUCGAUUCUAUGCUCCUAUGCUUCACUUUCACAACUGUUUUGUGCUGGGCAAAGUUCCACCGGCUUCAGGACCAGCCAUUCACUGUCGAGUGGUUCACCUGGCUUAUUAUGACCGGAAUCAGCAUUGGACUCGUGGACAGUGUCAAGUGGGUCGGAUUUUUCGUCACGGCUAUGGUUGGACUUUACACAAUCGAGGAUUUGUGGAACAAAUUCGGUGAUGUCAAGAUGCCAAAGGUUGAUCUUGCUACCCAUCUUGUAGCUCGAGUGAUUGGGUUGAUCUUCAUCCCAAUUGGCAUUUACAUGCUUUCCUUCGUUCUCCACUUCGCCAUUCUCGAGAACAGUGGUCCAGGUGACGCACAGAUGAGCUCCUUGUUCCAGGCCAAUCUCAGAGGUACUGAGGUCGGAAAGGAUAGCCCUCUUGAAAUCGCAUAUGGCUCCAGAGCUACAAUCAAGAACAUGGGGUAUGGUGGUGGUCUUCUCCAUUCUCACGUUCAGACCUACCCUGAGGGAUCGACUCAACAACAAAUCACCUGCUACCACCACAAAGAUGCCAACAACGAAUGGUGGUUCUACCCAAAUCGUGCUCAGCCCGAAUAUGAUGGAGAGGCGCCACCCAAAUUCGUGGCUGACGGCGAUGUCUUGCGUUUGAUCCACUCCCAAACCGGUCGUAACCUGCACUCCCACGAGGUAGCUGCUCCCGUCACCAAGGCCGAUAGAGAAGUUUCAUGUUAUGGCAAUACCACUGUUGGUGAUGAGAAGGAUCACUGGACAAUGGAGGUCGUCCGCGAUGUUGGUCCCGGUGACAAAACCAAGAUCAGAACUUUGACUACCUCUUUCAGACUAAAGCACACCGUUCUUGGGUGCUAUCUUCGUGCUGGUAACGUCAACUUGCCACAGUGGGGUUUCAAGCAAAUUGAAGUCACUUGCGACAAGGCAAACAAUCCCAAGGAUGUUUACACGCACUGGAACGUCGAGGCACACUGGAAUGACAAACUUCCCGCUGCCGAUGCUGGAGCAUACAAAUCUCCCUUCUUCCAGGACUUCAUCCAUUUGAACGUUGCCAUGAUGACAUCGAACAAUGCCUUGGUCCCAGAUCCUGACAAGCAAGACGAUCUCGCUUCCGCAUUCUGGCAGUGGCCAAUUCUUAACGUCGGCCUCCGCAUGUGUGGUUGGGAUGACUCAAUCGUGAAGUACUUCUUGCUCGGUAACCCACUCGUAUAUUGGGGAUCAACCGCAGCACUUGGCGGACUCGCCCUGUUGGUCGCCUGGUACCUCGUUAGAUGGCAACGAGGCUACACCGAGCUCAAGCAAUGGGAUAUUGACCAGAUACACUACGCUGGUCUUUAUCCUGUCCUCGGUUGGUUCCUGCAUUACAUUCCGUUCGUCGGCAUGGGCCGUGUCACCUACGUCCAUCACUACUACCCUGCCCUUUACUUCGCCAUCCUCAAUCUUGGCUUCAUCGUGGACUGGAUGACCAGAAACCAGAUCAGAAACAUCCAAUAUAUCGUCUACGGUAUUUUGUACGCCGCUACCAUCGGCCUCUACAUCUUCUUCAUGCCAAUCUGCUGGGGAAUGGUGGGACCCAAUAAGGAGUACAGCUACAUGAAAUGGUUUGAAACCUGGAGAGUUACGGACUAAAUAACGGCGCUACGACUUUGAUCCUUCAGCAUGGAGGAGUAGAAAACAGACCACAUGGAAUGGAGGGAGACUGGGACGAUAGAACUGAAUGUUGGAUGAUUUUUUCAACAGUAAGAGAGCAACAUGCAAAGCAAGGAACAACGAUUCCCAACGACGAUUUUCUUCAGAUGUGUUAUUCAUUCAAACUUUUUCAUUUGUUCUCGGCGAUGUUGUGGGCAAAAUUCGGGUACUAGGUAUGAUGAAAUCAUGG